GGGCUGCUCCGGGAGGCUUCUGCUCUAUAAAACGGUGUCCCUUGCGAUGCAUCGGGGCUUAGUGCAAGCUGAACAGUCCGCUGGCAAGUACAUCAACGUCAAAACCCACGGGUCCAGGGACUGAUGGUGGUGUCCGUGACGGGGCGUAGUGCAAGAAGAGCGCUGUAAGAAGCCGUCAAACCUCCUAAACAGGAUACGCAAAAUCCAAACGGACGCGCUGUCGUGUAUACUUACGUGGGCGCGCGCGUGUGUGUGUGUGGGUGUGCGUGUGUGUGUGAUCCCUAAAUACUGGGGGACGAAGUUGUGCGUAGGGGGUUUGGGCUUAGGGUGGCAGCCUCAGGCCAGGUAUCCCAACAACAACAACAAAAAACAACAACAACAACAACUAUCAAGGAUGGUGCGCGAUCCGGGAAUCCGGUUAAUGCUAGUGGCGAGUGUCUUGCUGCGGGUGAUCGGUAGCAGUGUGGCCCGACCGGAACCACCGCUGCUCGGUGGUGCAUCCGGUGCGGUCGUGUCCAGCUCGAGCGGACUCGGGCCCGGCUACAGCUAUGGGCCGCCACCGCCAUCCCCCUCGAUUACGGUCAACAGCUACGGCUCGGCUACGUCCGAGUACGGCCCACCGACGCAAGCGCCCAUCAUCCACAAGCACGUUUACGUCCACGUACCACCACCGGAACCGGAAUACCAGACCACCAGGAAACCGAUUGUGGUGCCGCCACCGCAGAAGCACUACAAGAUCGUGUUCAUCAAGGCACCGUCACCGCCGACGGCCGCCCCGCCCGUCCUCCCACCACUGCAGCAGAACGAGGAGAAAACGCUGGUGUACGUGCUGGUGAAGAAACAGGACGAGCCGGAAGAGAUCGUGCUGCCGACGCUCGCACCGACACCACCCUCCAAGCCGGAAGUCUACUUUAUCCGCUACAAAACGCAGCGCUCGUCGUCGUCGUCGUCGGGUGAGCAGGGGAGUAAUGGCGGUGGACCAUAUCCGGAGAACGAGCGCGGCCCAACGCACUCCACCGAGUACGGUGCACCGCCACUACCCAGCCAAAGCCCCAGCAACAGCUACGGUGUACCGCUAUAG